UCCCCCUCCACUCCCCCAGCUGGAGACACACCCCUCCUCCUGGAAGCAGCCAGGCAGAGGGUGUCACACCUUGUGCCCUUGUUUGUAGAACCAGAAUAAGAAACUCACAUUCAGUCUAACACAGAACUUGUGUGAAUAUACACAGCAACAUCCGGAGGAGGCUGGGAAGCAAACGUCCCCAAAGCCCCAAGAAACAGCGGUCUGGAUGCUUGCAGGGACGGAAACAUGGCUGUGAACCUCGCUAAGAACAGACUGGCCCUGCUGACUGCCUACCAGGACGUCAUUGACGAGACCUCGGACACCGACUGGGCCUUGUACACAUACGAGGAUGAGAGUAAUGACUUGACACUGGCAGCGUCAGGAGGAGGUGGCCUGGCAGAGAUCACACUGACCUUUGACAGCGCCAGGGUGAUGUAUGGCUUCUGCAGCCUGAAGGAGCCCACCGCCGCUCUGCCACGAUACAUCCUCAUCAACUGGGUCGGGGAAGACGUGCCGGAUGCCAGGAAGUGUGCCUGUGCCAGCCAUGUGGCCACCAUUGCAGACUUCUUCCAGGGGGUGGAGAUCACCGUCAAUGCCAGCAGUCUGGACGACAUCGACCCCUCCGCCAUUGGACAGCGACUGACCAAUGGGACGGUGGGGGUGGCAAGUCCGGUCCUGAGCCGUCUGAGAACCCGAGAAGAGGAGCACGGAGAUGUGGGCACGGUGUACGAGAAAACCAACGCAGAGGUGGAGAUGAAGAAGAUCAACAGAGAGGAGUUUUGGGAGCAGGCCAAGCGUGAGGAGGAGUUGAGGAAGGAGGAAGAGAGGAGGAAGGUAGUAGAGGAGCGGCAGCGCUUUGAGGAGGAGCGAAUGGAGCUGGAGAGGAAGGAGCAGGAGAACCGAGAGAAGAGGUACCGCGAGAGGGAGCAGCAGAUUGAGGAGCACAGGAAGAAGAUGCAGGAGGAGGAAGAGGCCAGAGAGAGGUUGCGGAACCAGACCACCAUAGCGUCAGAGCUGAGCAUCGACGACCUCAACCUGGACAAGAAGGAGUCUGAGGUGGAGGAGGCGAAGGCCAUCAUCGCUCAGCGCUCAGGAAACCCUCGGGAGUUUUUCAAGCAGAAGGAGAGAGCCAUGACCAUCAGUGUGGACACCUCACCUGCCUCUGUCCACAGGACCGGAGACGACGACGACGACGAGGAAGCAAGCACAGAGUGCAACGUGGCCGCCGUGUCACCCAUUCCUAAAAUAGUCACUACACCCAUCAAAGAAGACUUCAGCAGGGAUGAGGAGGAGGAGGACAGCAGAGACGAGUGGGAUUCAGGGCCACAGCAGGAACAGAAGCCACUGGUCCAGGAGUCGACAUCCCCCAAGCCCAUGCAGAGCGCCACCCCACAGGCCCACGACUCCUCUGACUUCUCUGCAUGGGACACCAAGACGGACAACCUGGUCGACUUGUGGGACAGCAGCCCCGCCCCUCCCACCAACCCUUCCCAGUCCUCCCAUCUAGUGGACCUGAUGGGUGACACUGAUGUCCUUGGUGACAAUGUUACGGCCAGUCCUGCCGCUGCCUGCGGCCUGCCUCAACCACUCGUCAGCUUCGAUGACAUGAUUGACGGGACAUUUUGCUCGGGCACCAGCGCUGAGGACAACCCCUCCAGUCUGGUCAACGUGAUGGGCUCUGACCAGAUGACGCUCAGCUACCAGCAUGCUCUGCAGCUUGCGUCCGGCGAGGAGCAGGAGCUGGAUGAUGGACAGCUGCUGAUGACCAAUGGGGAGACGCUGCUGAAAGAAGGGACUCAGGCGAGUGAGGGCUACUUCAGCCAAUCACAGGAGGAAGAAUUUGGCCAGUCAGAGGAGUCCUCAGCUAAACCUGCAGUGGUCUUUUAUAACAAGCCACCAGAGAUUGACAUUACGUGCUGGGACACGGACCCCGUGGUCGACGACGACGACUAACCGGCCAAUCAGGCAGCACCGACAGACGAAGGGGAAGUAGGAAGUGCGCUUCGUGAAGAUUUUUUCUAAAAAACAAAACACAAACAAAAAAACGUAAUAAUAAUAAGUCUUGCAUCAAAACUACUUCUGUAUUAUCUUUUAGAGGAAACCAGUAGCCACCGAAAACAAAGCCAGGUUCUUGUUACCGAUGGGUUGGAAGGGUUUGUUUCUGUGUUUGUUUUAUUUAUGUUUCUUCUUUUCUUUUUUGAUAUGCAGAUGUAAUAGCUGGGAGCGCGGCACUUCUGUUCAUGUAAACGAUUUAUUAAAUGAUACCGUAGCGCUGCUGCAUAUUAGAGACAAUGAUGCCCAGUGUGCGGCAGGCGGCCCACACACCUAGUCUGUAGUGCUUUAAUAACACCCUAUACAACUAACGCCGUGGCUCGGCACAGCUGCAAUGUAUACCCCCACUCUGUUACUUUUCAUACCUCUUUUUCACCUCACUUCUUCCUUCUGCCUUCCUCCCACAGAUAUUCGCCCUGCAAGUCAGUUAAUCUUGUAUUUAGCCUUCGUGUUAAUGGAAAAAAGGUGAAAUACUUUAUUUAUUCUGGUGUAUCUGGAAUUCUUUGCCUAACAGUUCUGAAGAAAUGUUCUCAAGAUGAAAUUUGUGAAACAAGUGUGGCUCCUUUUGACCUUUUCCACUCCUUUUGUAUGAUUUUAAGACUGAAUUUGAGAUUAAAUGACUUGUAAAUCUGGUUGGUUUUUCCAGUGCACUUUGAUUUCUUCUUCUGUCUCCAUGUGGAUGAACAGCAGCUCCUCCGACAGCCUCCCCUCUGCUUCCGUAACCUUUUUACUCCAAUUCUAUAUUUACAAGAGCAAAAAUAGUUUUGUUUUGCAUCGAAUUGAUAAAAUGUAGAUAUUUUUGGGAGUAUAUUUUUAGCAGACUUUGGCUUUAAAGCAAAGAACAGGAAGCCAACUUCAGGUUGUGCACAGCAGAAAAAAAAUCCUUUACAUGAUUCUUAUUCUGGUGCAGACAUUUCUCCAAAGAGUAAAAACAAGAUGUUUUCAGCUGCCCCUUUGUGUCUGGAUGGCACUCGCCACAACUCCUGUUGGAGAAGAGGAGGAGGAUUUUAAAAAAAGUUUGUUUGUGGAAGUACGGCCUUACUGUCUCACAGGGGGACGGUAGGAUGACACCACUGGAGCCAAACCUGGGCUGCAUGAUGCCUUGAUGCCUGCACAUAUUUAUAUUCUUGUCACAUUCCUCUGCAUGGAGAACCCGAUGUUGAGGAUCUGUCACAUCACAGCUGGUCUGACUCUGUGAUCAAGACUCCUGGGCCUAUUCCUGGUAGGCCCCUUCAGUCUUUAAUUACUGGAUGAAAUGAAAGAUUUGGUUGCAAAGGACUGUGAUUACAGUUCAGAAAUGUGCUUGAUUUCUUGAACCAGUAUUAAAGUUCACCAGUAAUAAACUUGGACUUUCCUCUACAUCACAGACAGUACAGUACUUGUCCCCUGUGUCUCAGAGAGAAGCAUAGCACCGAUCUGGCAGCUGUAGUUACUUUCAGAUUCAGAUUUUACACACAAGACACGAUCGCUUCAUAAAAUAUGAUUUGUUAUAGAUUAAACCUGAGCAGUUUUUUUUGUCUACAUUUCGCUUAUACAAACAUUUUCAAAUCACGGCUUUUGCCUGACAUGUAGUGUUCUUGCGGUGUGUUUUUGGUGGUUUUACAUACAGGAGAGGUUCUUAUAAAAUGUCUUUCACUUUGUUUACACUCAACACAGAUCAAGUAUUGACAGAGGGACGUUACAGUGACCAGUAGCCCAUCAAAUGUACGAAUACCCAUGAAAGUGCGGUUCAGUAUUAAGAAAAGGGGUCUGGCUUCUUUCAGCAUGUCUGCGGCCACUAUUGGUAGGACUGCACCACCAAAGGCAGAGCUUGUCAUUUUUCCUCACUUUGUUUUGAAGGGUUUUGUGAUCAUAACCAUGCUAAUAUACAGUAGUUAAUAUAGACAUGGCCGAGCUGAGGAGCAAACACUGAAGUAGUUGAUAGAUUGGUGACCCUCCGGUCACGGUACGCACCGUACAGACAGGGGCUCAGUCUAUUUAACUGCCUUUCCAAAGACGAGACAUACCAGCAGAUUUAUAGCAGCUGGUUGAGGUAUUUGGAGGUCUGACAGUGUUCCUGACACCUGGUUCUCCAAGCAGCUUGAAACAAAUCGUUUUCUGCUCUGACCCACAACUGCUUUUGGUGAGAAA